AUUAUUUCCCUUCGUUUUCCUAAAACCCUAAAAAGAUUCAUCGCCGUUCGUCUUCUUCCGCCUCACGCUCGUCUCUUGUUUUGCGCAGCUCCAGAAUCGGGACAGCUCUAAAACGCUUAAAAUGUCGAGUCGACCUGAGUUUCUAGCGCCGCCGGAGAUAUUCUAUGACGACUCCGAGGCCCGCAAAUAUACUUCUUCCUCACGUAUCGUCGAAAUUCAGGCGAGGUUGUCUGAGAGAGCUUUGGAGCUUCUUGCUUUGCCUGAAGAUGAUGUUCCUAGAUUCUUGCUCGAUAUUGGUUGUGGAUCUGGCCUGAGCGGGGAAACAAUCUCUGAGAAUGGGCACCAGUGGAUUGGUCUUGACAUCUCAGCCUCAAUGCUUAACGUUGCUGUUGAACGAGAAGUUGAGGGUGAUCUUUUACUUGGUGACAUGGGCCAGGGCUUAGGUUUCCGUGCAGGAGUCAUAGACGGAGCCAUCAGUAUAUCGGCUGUUCAGUGGUUAUGCAAUGCGGACAAGUCAUCGCAUGAACCUCGUUUGAGGCUAAAGGCUUUCUUUGGGUCACUAUACCGAUGCUUAUCAAGAGGAGCAAGGGCAGUUUUCCAAGUGUACCCUGAGAGUAUCGCUCAGCGUGAGUUGAUCCUUCGCCAGGCCUUACAAGCUGGAUUUGGUGGUGGACUCGUUGUUGACUACCCUCACAGUACUAAGAAGAGAAAAGAGUUCCUGGUCCUCACAUGUGGUUCUGUUCCAACUAGUAUUAACGAUGGGCAUAAAGAGGGUGACUCGGAUGAUGACGAUGAUGAUAGCGAAGAAGAAGAGAAUGGAAUGGUAUGUGUGUCGGAUAGGAGUAGGCCAAGGAAGAAGCAGAGAACGAACAAGAAAGGGAAAGGAAGGGAAUGGGUUUUGAGGAAGAAGGAACAAAGUAGAAGGAAAGGAAACGAUGUUCCUGCUGAUUCCAAGUACACCGCAAGGAAACGCAAGUCGCGUUUCUGAUUUUUUUUUACUAGUCUUAAAAAAGCGUUUUAUUAUGUUACGUCCUUACUCUUUCUACAUUUCGUGUACUCGGAAGUCAAAACCUGUGGCUACUUCUCAGGUGCGUCUUGUGAUUUGCAUUAAGCUUUGUCCUCUUCUAUUUUAAAAAUUAAAUCCAUUAGU